AUGUCUGACAACUCCUCUUGUCAUCGACGUGAUGAGGAAUUCGGGGAAGUGCCCGCUCCGGGAACACGCAGCUUAUAAAAGUGUGCUGGUGCUGGGAUGCUGACGGGCUGGAACGAGCUUCUCGGAGGUUCCCUGAGCUUGGACUCUGCUCUCAGCAGGUGGGGCUGUGCGACUUCUGAUCCCCCUACCAAGGCUCUCUGCCUCUCACACGGAGCCCCGAGACAUGGCCUUCCCCUCCUCACAGCCUGCCCCCAUCUCCCUAAGCCCCUCUGCCCAUCAGACUUGGAGCCUCCUCCCCUGCCCCCACUCUCCCUCUUUCUGUCGAGCCCAUCAGAGUGUCAGGUUGCCUGGGUUCAAAUCCUGGCUCCAUGAUGUUCUCACUGUGUGAUGUUGGGCUGAUUCGUUUAUGUCUUUGCCUCAGUUUUCUCAUCUCAAACCGUGGUGCAGGGCACGUGGCAGAGUAGACAAGAUCCUGGGGACGACCCGCUGGCUCGGCAGAGUCCACACUGA